AAAACGCGACGACACCUACGAUAUAAAACCUGCGUUUGUUGUUUAAGAGCUGACGACUUGGCCAUCUGAUGGCAUUUACUUGACAUAAAAUUGCACGUUCAAUUAAUAUCGUUUUUGGAUUACGCUCAGUGACCUGCACAGGCGCGCGGUGAACUCACCGGAGCAGACGCUAUGUCGCAAGACACUGGGCUGUUCAGUAUCCGGCGGCCUCGAGAGACCCUUGCGAAUGUCCAGAACCUAUCCUCAAUCCCUCAACCUGCCUCUGCACUUAAACGAACGAGUUCCGCCGCCAACUUCCAAAAUCCACCAUACACGUCUCACCAUGUGCGCACAACUUCCAUCGGCGGCCAAGGCUUUGGCCGACCACAACAGCCAGUUUUCCAGAGGUCUUCAUCUGGAGCUGACAACGGGCUCUCAUCUGUCCGACGGUCUGUUUCAAGCAACAUCUUUCACAGCGCCAGCGUUGGCCGUCAAAGCUAUGCACCUGUGUCCUCCCAUCCAGUUCCCCCUCCGCAGCUACAACGGCGAAGCAGUGUUUUCUCGCGCCAGUCAAUAGGUGGCCCAAUGAGCCAUCACCAGUCAUUCUUCACCCAAGCUCCUGCUCCUGCUGGUGUUCCUAGAGACCCACGCCCGCUCAAAGACAGAGCUUUCCAGGCGCGAAUUGGACAAGAACUGUUAGAAUAUCUGACGCAAAAUAAUUUUGAGCUAGAGAUGAAGCACUCCUUAACGCAAAACACGCUGAAAUCCCCGACUCAGAAAGAUUUCAAUUACAUUUUCCAGUGGCUUUAUCGCAGAAUCGAUCCAGGUUAUAAAUUUCAGAAAAAUAUUGAUGCCGAAGUUCCUCCUAUCCUCAAACAACUGCGUUACCCAUUUGAGAAGAGCAUCACAAAGUCCCAAAUUGCGGCUGUUGGUGGUCAGAACUGGUCGACUUUCCUAGGCAUGCUUCACUGGAUAAUGCAACUAGCACAGAUGCUUGAUCGGUAUUACUUGGGACACUACGACAGUGCAUGCGCGGAAGCUGGUGUCGACAUCUCUGGCGAUAAUAUUAUCUUUCAUUUCCUGUCCAAUGCCUAUCGCGACUGGCUUCAGGGAGGUGAGAAUGAAGAUGAUGAGGUGGCGGAAAGACGCCUUAUUCCCCAUAUUGAAGCAAUGGCAGCAGACUUCGAGCGGGGAAAUGAAAAAUAUGUUCAGGAAAUGCAGGAGCUUGAAGCAGAAAAUAGGGAACUGCGGGAUCAAAUCGAGGAAAUGGAGAAGAAUGCGCCGGAUAUGGCAAAAUUGGAGAAACAUUUCAGGAUUUUGGAGGAUGAUAAGAGAAAAUUCGAGGACUACAAUCAGAAUGUCCAAGGGAAGAUCACCAAGUACGAAAAUCGCAUCAAGUUUCUUGACGAGGAGAUAAGCAGGACCGAGGAGGAGUUUCAGAAGGCUGAUGAAGAACGCAUGGACCUGCAAAAUAGCGUGGAUAAGCAGGGGAUUACAACUCAGGAUAUCGAUCGCAUGAAUUCCGAGCGAGAACGACUUCAGAAAAGCGUAGAGGAUAUCCUUGUUCAACUUGAAGACACUCAUGCUCGGGUUAUGGAAAAGGAGGCCGAAGCUAAUAAAAGGCUUGAAUCCCUAGAGCAAAUUGUCAAAACCUUUAACACUCUUGGCUAUCAAACUAGCCUGAUCCCAGCAACAGCGGCGAACGCCAAGGGCCAGGACUACGAGCUUCACCUAAAUCUGAAUGAAAAUAACUUUUCUUCAUCCCAGCUGGGGACUUCUCGGACCUCGCCAGAAGGCGAUCGUUUGCUUGCCGACACUUUCACCGGAUAUCAUCCAACGAACCUCUUGAACCUCGACCUCCGUGGCCUUGUUCGUAGCAACUUCAUCGCUCUACGGAAAGAAAUUAAUGAACGACGCAAACUUGCUCUAGAUGCGGAUAUGAAUCACCGGGACCUCCUGGAUAAUAUCAAGGAGGCCAUGGAUGAGAAAAGGAGUGAAGUGGAGGCCCUUGAACACAAACGACGCGCAGCAGAAGAGGAAUUUGAGAGCCUUAAGGAAAUUACGACAACCCAAAAGUUGACUUCUGACUCCCAAAUUGAAAAAAUGGAAAAGGAGCUUGCGAAAAUGCGAGCUACUCUGACCGAAAGCGUUCAGCUGAUGGAGCAGCGAGAGAUGAAUACCACCAUCGAAUAUGAGCAACUAGUUCUUCGGGCGAAUGCUCUCCGUGAGGAGCUCCAUACCGGGGUCGAAACGAUGUUGAACGACGUUAUCCGCUUCAAGGUGCACAUUCAGAAGAGCCUCGAGGAUUAUGAAAGCUUCGUUGUGGAUGAAGUUGAGCAAGAACUUGGAGGUGACGGCGAAGGGGAGCGGGAGGCUUCCAAUGACGAGGAUAUGUAGGUAAACUAUGGACGGCAUUGGUACAAUUGGUUUACGAAUCAUGAUAGCAUUGGAGCCAUGUUUUAUGGUGGUAUAUUUUGUUUUGAACUAAGACUUUGGGGAGUUUUCUUAUCGGAACUGGUGCUUUGUUGGGAGUAUGGAAUGCAUCUUCUUGUGGCAUACUUCUUGAUGGACAGAUUACUUAGGGUUUACCUUGACGUGUACCAUGCUCUUCCUGUAGUAAAUAUAUUCAAAGAUUUCAGAUUUUCAUUCCAAUGGAAUGGAAUCUCGGAUUUCUAAUGGCUGACUAAGCUCUUCAAGCCGUUUUUUUCUUUCUUUUU